CAAUCUUCAAAAGACAUGCCUCAACACUUUCAAGUGCAUUGUGCUUGUGAUGCGGUAGACAUGCCACAUCAUGCCACAAAGCUGGACAUUAAUCAUUAAAAUUCGCACCUGCGCCGCCAAAGCCGUUUGUUUUGAAAGAUUGAGACCGCAGUGUUGUUCCUUUUACUUCGCAAAGGCCAUGGCCAUGAUGGCAAUGGCAGUGAUGUUGAUGCAUUUUGCAUCCUCUCAGGACCCCGGCAAUUGCUCGGCUCCCGGCUGCGACGAUGCCUCGAUUCUCCAAGUGACCGCUCGAGCCGUCUGCACUUGGAAGCUGAGCGCUUUAGGAGGCAACUGCGUUCGUGCUUGUAAUCCAGGUAAAUGCGACCCGACACAACAGAGGCUUCUGACAGGUCAAGCUUUGAAGACUGUGGUGAAAAGCCUUGGGCGGACAUGCAACGGCGAUCCCACGAACAGUGUUAGCAAGUCUGCCCCAUAUAUUUCCAAAGGCAACAACAAGUGCCGUCAAUCAGCUCUUCAAGCUGCAGCGGAUUCACGAUGCAGCGCCAGUGCUGCCUCGGGGAAUCAGAGGAUUUGCUGCUGCAUCAGGAAGAGGACUUCCACCACCAGUUUCACCACCAGCGCAUUCACCACAUUCACAACUGCUUGGCCGAGCACCAGCACUACCUCCACUGGAGGUGAUGACGGUGACCCCCACAUUUCCACCAUUUGGAGAGAUCACUACAGCCUCUUGAAACCAGGCAACUAUGUGGCCUGGAGCUAUUCCAAGGGUUCGGUGGACAUGCAGCUCCUGGCUUCCUACUCCGGGUCCGGAUUCACUACUCAAGGCCUGUUGCUUCUGGAAAAGAAUUCAGGACGCACCAUGGAAUUGACUGCACAGGACUGUGCUUGGCAGCAAAAAGCGCGCGGUUCCAGUUGGCGCCAACUGGCACAGACUGAGCUUUUGUCCACUGAUGGUGCGAACUUUGAUGUGAAGGAAGCCGGCAAAAACACAAACAACUUCCUAAAUAUGGAAUCCGAGGUCAUGCUGAAUGUGCAAUCAGAGCAUGGACCGCGGAAGGUGGCAAGGCUUUUGGUCCACUGCAAACCUGAUGAUCACAUGGACUUCAAGAUCAGUAUGUUCAACAAGAAUGAUAUGGAGCAUGCGGGUGGUGAAAUUGGAGCUACGCCAGAUGAAAAGGAGUCCUACUUGAGCUUCUUCUCUUCCAAGCUAUCGGUGAGAGUGAAGACCGACGACAACUUUCAGGCACAUGGAUCAUGGGUGACCUUGGGUGGCAGCAAGGCUGCAGAAACCUACUUGAACUCCAAGAUGCAACCUACAGCUUCACUUCUCAGCAUGACGUGUACCGAAGUUGCAGAGCGAGAAGCAGAAACGAUUUGUGGCAAACACCUUCAGAAGGAUGGCAAUCACCCAGAGAUCUUUGCUGACUGUGUCUUUGACAUUUGCCGGGGAGCUGGUGGUGAAGAAGUUGCGCAGAGUGCAGCCGCCUUCAUCGCAGCCUAGGUGCAGCAAUGCAAAAUCCACCAUCAGGCAAAUCACUUGCACGAUGGGUGAGAUACCAUGGGCUGAGAUGGGUCCAAUCUUUAAUUAAGUACGGUGCCAAGUGCACCCCUUUUCAAAAGAGCUGUGCCUUGUGCUGAGCAGUCAGUUUUCAACCAACUGAGAAAGAGCACUGUGCACGACUUUGCUUCUAUUGCCGUGGAGUGUGCAAGAAAAGGAGAUUGG